AUGAAACUUCGAGUUUCUUUACUUUCACAGUCGGUAGUUUUGUUAUGUUUAUUAUCUACCGAAAGUGGUAGUACUAGUAGCCCAAAUUUAACUACCGAGCAACAAAGUAAUAAUCCGUUGCUAAAACCUACUGAUUUGCCUGUGAUUGCUGACUUUCAACUUCAUGGUCUCGCUGCCUUGCAUUUUUCAAAGAAAUCGGCGUUCUUUGAGCUGCAUGUGGAUUUUGUUUCUGCUGGUGGAUGUAGUUCCUCUACAUUCAGCGACGCCGAUAACAAUUCAGAACUGAUUAGGGCAGAUAGAGAUAGUUAUGAAACUGGUGGAAAAGAAUUUGUUAAACCUCUUCUGUCCGAUGGGUGGGAGAAUGUUUUUGAUGAUCCGAACAAGCUUUUUCGUGGUGGUGUUGAUGCUGUUCGGUUGGCCUGUCAAAAGUAUUGUUUGAAGACUGGGUAUCGCGUAACAAAGGUGAAUAAUGAUCGUGAAAGGUUUACAAUGAGAUGCAGUAAAGUCCCAUGCACUUGGAUGAUCCAUGCAGUUGUUAUUGAUUCUACUUGUGAUGUUUUUAGGAUAAAAAAGUAUGUUGGGAGGCACACUUGUGGAGCUGGUGUGAAGUUGAGAAGUCCUAAAGUAUCGAAGAAGCUGGUACACAACCUUAUUCAUGAUCGUGUGAUGCACAACCCACUUAUCAAGCCUCGCGAAAUUGAAGAUUAUAUAAAAGUUUGUGCUGGUGUUAAUAUCAAAUAUCACCAUGCAUAUCAUGGUUUGGAACGGUCACACCAUGAAAUUUUUGGGAAUGAUGUAAAGUCUUACUCUGAUCUGGUUUGGUGGGUGAAUUCAUUGAAAGAAACAAAUCCUGGCUCUUAUGUGGAUUUUCAGUUUAACCAUGCAACUCAGACAUUUGAAAGGUUAUUCAUUGAAAUAGGCGCUUAUAUUGAAGGUUAUAGACUUUGUCGACCAAUGAUUUUUAUUGAUGCAACUUUUCUGACCGGGAGAUUUAGAGGUACCCUUAUGGCUGCUACUUGUCUGAAUGGGAAUCAAGGUUUUUAUCCGCUAGCCUUUGCAUUGGUCCCAGGAGAGGAUGUUGACAAUUGGGAUUGGAAAUCGGACGAGAAGUACAAAGAAGUUAUGGCUUGUUUCAAAAAAGCAACUUAUGCUCUCACACCAGCAAGAUAUGAAGAAGCACUAAUGGAAAUGGAGUUAAUGGGAAGGCCUGGGGUUGUUGAGUAUUGCCGCAAUAUGCCUAGGGAACAUUGGUCCAGCGCGUUCUUCACUGGUUGUAGAUUUGGUCAGACUACAUCAAGCGUUGCUGAGUCCUUCAAUAAUUGGAUUCGAAAAGACAAGAGGUUUCCUGCCUGCGCCCUCGUUGACAUGAUCAGGUUAUGCGUUAUGGAGUUGAUGAAUGAACGUCGCGAAAUGAGUCUUUUGAUGGACCCAGAGAAGCUCACUCCUACCUACGAGGCGUUACUUAAAGAACAUAUUCAAAUUGGUCGAGUUUGGAAUGUUACUCAGUCAUCUGCGUAUGAGUAUGAGAUUCAUUCACCUAGGUCUCACACUGUUGAUCUGCUGAACAAGACUUGCACCUGCCAAAGAUGGCGUGUUUAUGGUUUUCCAUGCUCUCAUGCUACAGCAUCUAUUUCUGCCAAGGGUGAUCGAUACGUAGAUUAUAUCGAAGACUACUUCAAAGUUACAAAUUUUCAGCAGUUGUAUUCAAUUGCUAUCAGACCAAUCCCCAACUACAACAGGCCAGAGCAGUAUCUGCCAGAGGAUACUAUUUUUCCACCCCAUCCACGAGUUCCACCAGGUAGGCCAAAGGGAAAUCGUAUCAAGAAUGCAUGGGAGAAAGCUAGGAAGUACGUCCGUUGUUCCAACUGCAAGAAGAAAACUCACCACAACAAGGCAACGUGCACUGUCAUUCCUUCAUACCCAUGA